GGGACGCAGAGGGAGAACACGCAGGACAGCAUCCCGCGCACAUACAGCUCUGUACCAAAUAGCCUCAGUUCCUCAUUCAUCAGCAUCAUCAGCAUCAGCAUCGCUCGUGCUCAUCCUUCAAGAUGUCCGAUUCGGAGGACAUGACGGAAUUCGGCUCCAUAGUGGAGCGGAUCACAAAGGGAGAGGUUCCCAUCAGGAACAUCGAGAGGGAGCUCAUCUGUCCCAUCUGUAAGGAGCUCUUCACGCACCCCCUGAUCCUGCCCUGUCAGCACAGCGUGUGCCACAAGUGUGUUAAAGAGCUGCUCCUCCUCAACCACGAGGACUCCUUCAGCACGGACGCGGGCUCCGAGUCCUCGAACCCGGGCAGCCCCCGCUCCAGGGUCCCCUCGCCCAGCAUGGAGAGGCUGGAUCGGCUCGUCCGAUCAGGAUCAACGGCUUCACCCAGUUGGCGGCGCUCCUCGUUCUCAGUCACGCCCCGCGUCACCACCUUCCCUUGCCCCGGUUGCCAGCAUGACAUUGAUCUAGGCGAGCGGGGCAUCAGUAUGCUCUUCCGUAACUUUACGCUGGAGAGCAUUGUGGAACGCUACCGACAGGCUGCCCGUGCUGCUAUAGCCAUCAUGUGCAACAUGUGCAAACCCCCAGUGCAGGAGGCCACCAAGAGCUGCAUGGAUUGCAAGGCGAGCUACUGUAACGAGUGCUUCAAGACCUACCACCCCUGGGGCACGCCUAAGGCCCAGCACGAGUACGUGGGCCCCACCACCAACUUCCGACCAAAGGUGCUGAUGUGUCCGGAGCACGAGAUGGAGAAGGUGAACAUGUACUGUGAGGUGUGCCGGCGACCAGUUUGCCAUCUCUGCAAGCUGGGUGGCUCUCACGCCAACCACAAAGUGACAUCCAUGAGCAGUGCCUACAAGAUCCUCAAGGAGAAGCUAUCAAAAAGUAUCCAUUACCUAAUCAGCAAGGAGGACCAAGUGAGGACUCAGAUUUCUGAUCUGGAGGUGUUGAUUAAUCAAACCCAGGAGAAUGGUGAGCUGGCGGAGAGGCAGGUCAACGAGCACUUUGAGUGCCUCUUCGACAUCCUGCAGGAGAGGAAGGACGAGAUGCUGCGGUCCAUCGUGCAGUCCAAGUCCCGGCGCUUGGAGCAGCUGCAGUCUCAGGUCGAGGAGUACCAGGGCAUGCUGGAGAACAGUGGCCUGGUGGGUUAUGCCCAGGAGGUGCUGAAGGAGACCGACCAGUCCUGUUUCGUCCAGACGGCCAAACAGCUGCACACUCGAAUCCAGAAGGCCACAGAGUCCCUGAAGAUGUUCCACCCAGCAGCUGACCCUGCCUUCGAUGAGUUCGUCCUGGAUGUGUCCAAGGAGGAGACGCUGCUUAAAGAGCUGUCCUUUGGCAGAAGAGUGCCCGAACCUCCUAUCAUCGAUGAGACCCGGAGCUGCGUGUACAACGAAGGCCUGAUCUGCUGGAAGCUGCCCGAGGACUCGGUCCCCACCGACCGCCAGGUGCUGGAGUACAGGAAGGUGGUUGCCGAGGAGCACGAGGAGGAGGAGGGCCGCUGGCAGGUCUGCGACGGGGUGUUCGGCCCCAGUACGUUGGUGUGCGACCUGGACAAGGACAGCACGUACUCCUUCAGGGUGCGCAGCUGCCGGGACCGCGUGUAUGGCUUCUACAGCCCGGAGGUUACCUUUCACACACCCCCAGCGCCUGUUUUCGGCUUCCUGUUUAACGAGAAGUGCGGCUUCAGCCCCGAACGCCUGGUGCUGAGCAAAGGUCGCGACGCGGUGGAGAGCAUGGCGGGCCUAGCCUUCCUGCUGGCCUCCGAGCGCGUGCAGACGGGCAGCUACAUCAGCCUGGACUACAUCAUCGGCGACACGGGCAUCUCCCAGGGCCGUCACUUCUGGGCCUUCCGUGUGGAGCCCAGCUCCUACCUGGUGAAGGUGGGCGUGGCCUCCGACUGUAAGCUGCAGGAGUGGUUCCACAACCCUCGGGACACGAGCAGCCCCAGAUACGACCACGACAGCGGCCACGACAGCGGCAGCGAGGACGCCUGCUACGAGCUCUCGCAGCCGUUCACUCUGGUGACUGUCGGCAUGGGGAAGCUCUUCAUCCCCAAGGGCUCGGGGGGUGCGGCCGGAACAUCCGGCGACCAAGGCGACCGCGUGCUGCCCGUGCCCCGGCGCAUCGGCGUCUGCCUGGACUACGAGCGCGGACGGGUCUACUUCUACGACGCGGACACCAUGAGGUGCCUUUAUGAGCGGCAGGUGGAGUGCACGGGAACCAUGUACCCCGCCUUCGGCCUCAUGGGCGGCGGGGCCGUGCGUCUCGAGGAGUUCGUCACCGCCAAGCGGACGGCGUGUGCCGAAACGCACCAGUAGGGCGCGUCGUUCGCGUUCCGCUUCAGUCCUCUGCGCCCGUCUUUGUGCCGGACUGUGUUCGUCUGUCAGGAGAGGGAUCCCCCUCCCAGUGGUUGUCACUUGCCUGCUUGAUAUUUUAGUGUAUUGGCAUUCAGCUCUGUGGGUAUCGUUGAACACCUGUGUAUGUAGCAGUCCUUUUAUAUUCGACCAACUGGGAAAACCUUGCGAACAACCACUGCUGUGCCUUUUAGCCUUAUACAGUUUAAAACUAAUGGUCCUCUUGAUUCAGGUUGAUUUCUAGUGCAUAUCGCAGCCUCAAC